AUGGAGGGACCAACAAUUGUUGUUCAUAGUCCAAGCGACCGCGGGGGCCGCAACCGGCACAAGGGCAAGGCGGGCGGCGGCGUGGAGGCGGAGGCGGAGGCGGAGGCGGAGGUGGAGGAGGGCGCCGGAGGGCCCACGGUAGAGGAGACGGCGGCCGCGGCGGCGGAGGCGGUGGACGCCGCCUCCAACGCGGCGCACGUGGCUGCCAGUGCGGGCGUCUCCCUCCAGCAG